AAGCCGCACAAGUUGCAAACUCCAAAAGCAUAAGCCAUACCCAUUUGCGAACGGCGGCUUUUCUUUAUAUAAAUAAGCAGAUAAACCCUAUUUCAUCACUCCAGUGCCAUAAACCCUAGCCGCUUUCUCUCUCCUUGAACCCUAAUUACUUCCAAGAUUGUUGAAAUGGCUUUCUACAAUAGAAUCGGUAGUCUCAUGAAGCAAACAGUUUCCCAAAACUCUGUAUCAAAUGGACAAAUAACAGGACCUUCAAUGUUCAACGCUAUUCGCUGCAUGUCUUCAAAGCUUUUUAUUGGUGGUCUUUCUUAUCAGACUGAUGAUCAUUCCUUGAAGGAAGCAUUUUCUGGAUUUGGUGAAGUUGUUGAAGCCAGAGUUAUUACUGACAGAGAGUCAGGGAGGUCUAGGGGAUUUGGUUUUGUUAGCUACAACAGCGAAGAUUGUGCCAAGGAGGCUAUGACAGCCAUGGAUGGACAGGAACUUAAUGGGCGAAGUGUUCGUGUUAGUCUUGCAACAGAGCGCGCUCCACGGACAGGUGGAUUUGGAGGUGGUGGCGGUGGUGGUGGUUAUAACCGUGAUGCUGGAAAUGACCGCUACUAAGAACCCUAUGUUUUUAUGCAAUAACAAAGUUAUAUCUCGUAUUUUGAACACAAGAUUAUUGAUUUUUUUUUUCUUUUUUUGCAAGGAGUUAUAUGAACUGAUUAGUAUUAUUAGUAUGUAAUCAUGUAAUCAUAAUCUUUUGUGUGCAACUUUAUCUCCAUUCAUAUG